GCGGUCACAUGACUCCAGCCUAGAGCGUUGAUCGCACUGCGGCUCCCGCCCCGGCGAGUUCUCGCCCCCGCGCGGCCGUUGCCGAGGAGACGGCGCAGUCUCACGGCGCGUUGCCCCCUCUGCAGUCCCCCCGCCCCUCUUCUCCCACCACAAUGAGAUCCUAAGAUGGCGGUGGCCGCGGCGGUUGGCGCCGAGUAGCUAAGGCAGAGAAGGCGGCCAUUGGGCCCUAGGCAGCCAAAGAACUUGUGGGAGUUCCCUGCUGCGGUCUCUAAGGGAGGACCGCUGCCGGUGGCGGGUCGUAGGGCCUGACCGUUACUCCACCCUUGGCAGGAGCGGCUGCUUCGUUUACAGCAGGCAACAGCUUUGAAGUGUGAAGCAGGGAAGGAGCCAUUUCUGAGCUGUAAAACUAGUUUUUAAACAGGUACUUGACCAUCUUAAGUACAGAGAAGAAAUCGAGAAGUUCCUCAAAUGAAAUUGACUAAACAACUCAUAAAAACAAAUACUCAUUUUCUUCUCAGUUUCUAUUAAAAGUGCUUAGUACAUUUGGACACUGUAUGAAGACUUUCAAAACAGUGUACCAGAUAAAGUUAUCUGCCCAUCUCUUUCGCUCAGUCCUUCUCCAACUUGCGCAGUUCCACACCCAGUGGAAAGCCAGAGUCCUCCACAAGAAAAAUUAAUUGGUAAAACCAGGAUGGCCACAGGAGGAGGUCCUUUUGAAGAAGGCGUGAAUGAUGAGGAUUUACCAAACUGGAGCAAUGAGGGUGUUGAUGACCGACUAAACAAUAUGGAUUGGGGUGGCCAACAGAAGAAAGCAAAUAAAUCAUCAGAAAAGAAUAAGAAAAAGUUUGGUGUGGAAAGUGAUAAAAGGGUAACUAAUGAUAUUUCUCCGGAGUCAUCACCAGGAGUUGGAAGGCGAAGAACAAAGACUCCACAUUCAUUUCCACACAGUAGAUAUGUGACUCAGAUGUCUGUUCCAGAGCAGGCAGAAUUAGAGAAACUUAAACAGCGGAUAAACUUCAGUGAUUUAGAUCAGAGAAGCAUCGGAAGUGAUUCUCAAGGUAGAGCAACAGCUGCUAACAACAAACGUCAGCUUAGUGAAAACCGAAAGCCCUUCAACUUUUUGCCUAUGCAGAUUAAUACUAACAAAGGCAAAGAUGCUGCUAUAAGUCCUCCAAAGAGAGAAAUGAUUGGAUCAGCACAAUGUAAAGAGUUGUUUGCGUCUGCUUUAAGUAAUGACCUUUUGCAAAACUGUCAAGUCUCUGAAGAAGAUGGAAGAGGAGAGCCUGCAAUGGAGAGCAGCCAGAUUGUAAGCAGGCUUGUUCAGAUUCGUGAUUACAUUACUAAAGCUAGUUCCAUGCGGGAAGAUCUUGUAGAGAAAAAUGAAAGAUCUGCUAAUGUUGAGCGCCUUACACAUCUAAUAGAUCACCUUAAAGAACAAGAAAAGUCAUAUAUGAAAUUUCUCCAAAAAAUCCUUGCUAGAGAAAAUGAGGAGGAGGAUGUUCGGACUAUAGAUUCAGCUGUGGGAUCUGGUUCUGUAGCUGAGAGCACAUCGCUAAACAUAGAUGUGCAGUCUGAGGCUUCAGAUACCACGGAGGCAUCUUUUAGUCUGAGAAUUCGGCCGUGCAUUGAGGACAAACUAGGGAAUUCAGCUUCACAAGAACAGGUUUCAGACAUUGACGUUACCACAAGUCCAAAAGGGAAAGGUGACAGAGCUCCUCAGAAUGACAGGGAACUGAGGCCUAAUAGGAAAUGUAGCCGAAAACGUGGAUUUCCCUCAAAGGCUGGAGAUCCUCAGCCGGAGCCUAUGGAAGAGAUAGAAAAUUUGAAGAAACAACAUGACUUACUAAAAAGGAUGUUACAGCAGCAGGAGCAACUGAGAGCUCUGCAGGGACGACAGGCUGCUCUUCUUGCUCUGCAGCACAAAGCAGAGCAAGCUAUUGCUGUGAUGGAUGAUUCUGAAAAGGUUGCAGGGACAACUCCUGGCCAUCAUACUGUACCGGGCAGCCAGCCAGCUCGCUCUCCUUUUCAUCAGAGAGUACCCUUAAGAGUUGUAACAGAAACUACAGGUAGCCUAUCUGGAGUUAGUAUUACCUCUGAACUAAAUGAAGAAUUGAAUGAUUUAAUUCAGCGUUUUCAUAAUCAGCUUCGUGAUUCUCAGCCUCCAACUGUUCCAGACAAUAGAAGACAAGCAGAAAGUCUUUCAUUAACUAGGGAGGUUUCCCAGAGCAGGAAUCCAUCAGUUUCAGAACACUUACCUGAUGAGAAAGUACAACUUUUUAGCAAAAUGAGAGUAUUACAGGAAAAGAAACAAAAAAUGGACAAACUCCUUGGAGAACUUCAUACACUUCGAGAUCAACAUCUGAACAAUUCAUCAUUCGUGCCUUCUUCAGCCUCUCCACAAAGAAGUGUGGAUCAGAGAAGUACAACUUCAGGUCCCUCUGCUCCUGUAGGCUUAGCACCAGUUGUCAAUGGAGAAUCCAAUAGCUUCACGUCAUCUGUUCCUUAUCCUGCUGCUUCUCUAAUUUCUCAGAAUGAGAGUGAAAAUGAGGGACAUCUAAAUCCAACUGAGAAACUCCAGAAGUUAAAUGAAGUUCGAAAGAGAUUGAAUGAACUAAGAGAAUUAGUUCAUUAUUAUGAACAAACAUCAGAUAUGAUGACAGAUGCUGUAAAUGAAAACACAAAAGAUGAAGAAACUGAAGAGUCAGACUACGAUUCUGAACAUGAAAACUCUGAACCGGUUACUAACAUUCGAAAUCCACAAGUAGCUGCCACUUGGAACGAAGUAAAUAGUAAUUCUAAUGCACAGUGUGUUUCUAAUAAUAGAGAGGGGAGAUCAGUUAAUUCUAACUGUGAAAAUAACAACAGAUCUGCUGCCAACAUAAGGCCACUGAACAUGCCUCCUUCUUUAGAUUGUCACUAUAAUAGAGAAGGAGAACAGGGGAUUCAUGGCACGCAAGGUGAAGAUGAUGAAGAAGAAGAGGAAGAAGCCGAAGAUGAGGGAGUCAGUGGAGCUUCCUUAACUAGUCAUAGGAGCAGUCUGGUUGAUGAGGCUCCAGAAGAUGCUGAAUUUGAACAGAAGAUCAAUAGACUUAUGGCUGCAAAACAGAAACUAAGACAGUUGCAAGAUCUUGUUGCUAUGGUACAGGAUGAUGAUGCAGCAGAUCAUGCAGUUAUCUCUACCAAUACUUCGAAUUUGGAUGAUUUCUACCCAGCAGAAGAAGACAACAAACAAAAUGCAAAUAACACUAGAGGAAAUGCCAAUAAAACACAGAAAGAUGCCGGAAUAAAUGAGAAGGCAAGAGAGAAAUUUUAUGAGGCUAAACUACAGCAGCAACAGAGAGAACUCAAACAAUUGCAGGAAGAAAGAAAGAAACUGAUUGAGAUUCAAGAGAAAAUUCAAGCAUUGCAGAAGGCAUGUCCUGACUUACAGCUGUCAGCCACUAGUGCGGGUAAUUGUCCCACAAAAAAAUAUAUCCCAGCUGUUACUUCAACCCCAGCUGUUAAUGGAAAUGAAACCAGUACAAGCAAAUCUGGUUUUGAGCCUGAAGAUUCUUCAGUAGUAGAUAACGAGCUGUGGUCAGAAAUGCGAAGACAUGAGAUGUUAAGGGAAGAGCUACGACAGAGAAGAAAGCAGCUUGAAGCGCUCAUGGCUGAACAUCAGAGGAGGCAAGGUCUGGCUGAAACUACAUCUCCUGUGGCUGUGUCACUGAGAAGUGAUGGGUCUGAGAACCUGUGUACGCCUCAACAGAGUAGAACAGAAAAAACAAUGGCAACUUGGGGAGGUUCUACCCAGUGUGCCCUGGAUGAAGAAGGAGAUGAAGAUGGUUACCUUUCUGAAGGAGUUGUUCGGACAGAUGAGGAGGAGGAAGAAGAAGAGCAAGAUGCCAGUUCCGAUGAUAACUUUUCUGUGUAUCCUCCUAACAGUGCGAAUCAUAACUCUUACAACGUAAAAGAAACUAAGAAUAGGUGGAAGAACAAUCGUCCUUUUUCAGCAGAUGGCAAUUAUCGUCCUUUAGCCAAGACAAGACAGCAGAAUAUCAGCAUGCAGCGUCAGGAAAACCUUCGUUGGGUGUCAGAACUCUCUUACGUAGAGGAGAAAGAGCAGUGGCAAGAACAAAUUAAUCAGCUAAAGAAACAACUUGAUUUCAGUGUGAAUAUUUGUCAGACUUUGAUGCAAGACCAGCAGACGCUGUCUUGUCUGCUACAAACUCUUCUCACGGGUCCUUACAGUGUUAUGCCUAGCAAUGUUGCAUCCCCUCAGGUCCACCUUAUAAUGCACCAGUUGAACCAGUGCUAUACUCAGCUAACAUGGCAACAGAAUAAUGUGCAAAGGUUGAAACAAAUGCUAAAUGAACUUAUGCGCCAACAAAAUCAGCACCCAGAAAAACCUGGAAGCAAGGAAAGAGGCAGCAGCACAUCACACCCUUCUUCUCCCAGUUUAUUUUGUCCUUUCAGCUUUCCAUCACAGCCUAUAAAUCUGUUUAACCUACCCGGGUUUACUAAUUUUUCAUCAUUUGCACCAGGUAUGAAUUUCAGCCCUUUAUUUCCUUCUAAUUUUGGAGAUUUUUCUCAGAAUAUUUCUACACCCACUGAACAACAGCAACCAUUAGCCCAGAAUUCUUCAGGGAAAACAGAAUAUAUGGCUUUUCCAAAACCUUUUGAAAGCAGUUCUUCUAUUGGAGCAGAAAAACAAAGGAAUCAAAAACAGCCCGAAGAGGAGGUAGAAAACAGUAGGACACCGUGGUUAUAUGACCAAGAAGGUGAUGUAGAAAAGCCAUUUAUCAAGACUGGAUUUCCAGUGUCUGUAGAGAAAACUACAAAUAAUAAUCACAAAAAUCAAUUAGAUACCAGCCGGAGAAGACGCCAGUUUGAUGAAGAGUCAUUAGAAAGCUUUAGCAGUAUGCCUGAUCCACUGGAUCCAACAACAGUAACCAAAGCAUUCAAGACAAGGAAAGCAUCUGCACAGGCCAGCCUGGCAUCUAAAGAUAAAACUCCCAAAUCAAAGAGUAAGAAAAGGCAUUCUACUCAGCUGAAAAGCAGAGUUAAAAAUAUUGGGUAUGAAAGUGCCAGUAUGUCUAGCACAUGUGAACCUUGCAAAAGUAAGAACAGACAUUUAGCCCAGACUGAAGAGCCUGUUCAAGCAAAAGUAUUCAGCAGAAAGAAUCAUGAGCAGCUGGAAAAAAUAAUAAAAUAUAGUAGGUCUACAGAAAUAUCUUCAGCACAUGCUAGGAGAAUACUACAGCAGUCUAACAGAAAUGCAUGCAAUGAAGCGCCAGAAACUGGGAGUGAUUUUUCCAUGUUUGAAGCUUUGCGGGAUACUAUUUAUUCUGAAGUAGCUACAUUAAUUUCUCAAAAUGAAUCUCGUCCACAUUUUCUUAUUGAACUCUUCCAUGAACUUCAGCUACUUAAUACAGACUACUUGAGACAAAGGGCUUUAUAUGCAUUGCAGGACAUAGUAUCCAGACAUAUUUCUGAGAACCAUGAAAAAGAAGGAGAAAAUGUAAAGUCAGUAAAUUCUGGUACUUGGAUAGCAUCAAACUCAGAACUUACCCCCAGUGAAAGCCUUGCUACCACUGAUGAUGAAACUUUUGAGAAGAACUUUGAGAGAGAAACACAUAAAAUCAGUGAGCAAAAUGAUGCUGAUAAUGCUAGUGUCAUGUCUGUAUCUUCAAAUCUUGAGCCUUUUGCAACAGAUGAUCUAGGUAACACUGUGAUUCACUUAGAUCAGGCAUUAGCCAGAAUGCGGGAAUACGAGCGUAUGAAGACUGAGGCCGAAAGUAGCACAAAUAUGAGAUGCACCUGCAGGAUUCUUGAGGCUGAGGAUGGUGCCGCUGCCCCAAGUACGGUUGCUAACUUAGAAGAAGCUCCUGUUGAAAAUCAUGGUUCACAGCAACCUGUAAGCGAAGUUUCUACUGUCCCAUGUCCUAGAAUUGAUACUCAGCAGCUGGACCGGCAAAUUAAAGCCAUUAUGAAAGAAGUCAUUCCUUUUUUAAAGGAACACAUGGAUGAAGUAUGCUCCUCUCAACUUCUAACUUCAGUAAGACGUAUGGUUUUGACUCUCACCCAGCAAAAUGAUGAGAGCAAAGAAUUUGUAAAGUUCUUUCAUAAACAACUGGGAAGUAUAUUACAGGAUUCACUGGCAAAAUUUGCUGGCAGAAAACUGAAAGACUGUGGAGAAGAUCUUCUUGUAGAGAUAUCUGAAGUGUUGUUUAAUGAAUUGGCUUUCUUUAAGCUCAUGCAAGAUUUGGAUAAUAAUAGUAUAACUGUUAAACAGAGGUGCAAAAGGAAAAUAGAAGCAGCUGGAGUGAUACAGUCUUAUGCCAAAGAGGCCAAAAGGAUUCUUGAAGGAGAUCAUGGCUCACCUGCUGGACAAAUUGAUGAUGAAGACAAAGACAAGGAUGAAACUGAAACAGUUAAGCAGGCUCAGACAUCUGAGAUGUAUGAUGGUGACGGUCCCAAAAAUGUGAGAUCAGAUGUUUCUGAUCAAGAGGAAGAUGAAGAAAGUGAAGAAUGUCCGGUGUCUAUUAACUUGUCCAAAGCUGAAACGCAGGCUUUGACUAAUUAUGGAAGUGGAGAAGAUGAGAAUGAGGAUGAAGAAAUAGAAGAAUUUGAAGAAGGACCUGUGGAUGUCCAGACUUCACUUCAGGCUAACACCGAAGCUGCAGAAGAAACUGAACACGAUGAUCAGGUACCACAACAUGACUUUGAAAAAUCAGGAGAAAGCAAAAAUGUCCCAUCAGAACAAGAACCCACUACUAGUAAAGAUGACCAAGAUAGCAUUCCUGUGAAACCCUGUUACCUCAAUAUCUUGGAAAACGAGCAACCUUUAAAUAGUGCUGUCCAAAAGGACGCGCUUACGACCAUUGAUUCAUCUAAACAGCCAAACCCUUUGCCUUUACCUUUAACUGAAAUCGAAACCUUGGUGCCUACAGUCAAAGAAGUUAAAUCUGCUCAGGAAACUCCUGAGAGCUCUCUGGCUGGGAGUCCUGAUACUGAAUCUCCGGUGUUAGUGAAUGACUAUGAAGCAGAAUCUGGUAACAUAAGUCAAAAAUCUGAUGAAGAAGACUUUGUGAAAGUUGAAGAUUUACCACUUAAACUGACAAUAUAUUCAGAGGCAGAUCUAAGGAAGAAAAUGGUAGAAGAAGAACAGAAAAACCAUUUAUCUGGUGAAAUACUAUGUGAGAUGCAGACUGAGGAAUUAGCUGGGAAUUCUCAGACACUAAAGGAACCUGGUGAAACUCGGGUUAUAGAUAACAGAGAGAGAAAAGGCGACAAUGAGAGAGAACCUGUGCAGGUCGAGAGAAUGCUUCCAAUAAUGAGCUCGCCAGACGGGGCAGGUACUCUGUGUAUUUUGUGACAUUCACUCUUGGUACAUGCAUUUUCACUGUGAAUAAAUGUCUAGCCUCCAUA